AUGCCCGGAGCCAAACGGCGCAGACCGCCACCUCCUCCGCCUCCUCUUCCUCCUCUUCCUCCAACUCCAGCCAAAACAACACCGACCGGAUCUGAACCAAAAGAAUCAUUGGAUAAAGACGAACCUGCUCCCGAAGACUGUGUCUUGUAUGCUCAUCUAAAUUCGAAACCUCCUGAUCCGUGCCCAUAUCACUACAAGUCCGUUUAUUACUUCUUCUACGACGAUCUCGGGAUCCCGGACGUACUCCAAGUGGUCCUUGAAGCCUCGGACUCCCCUAAACUACGAGAAGCCAAAGUCUUUGGAUACUCAGUUGCACCACGGGGUCGUUAUACGUCACUCAUCGAAGGUGAACCCGGAGCGGAGGUCCUGGGCCAGGCAUUUCAAGCACAGUCUGCUGAAGAGGAAUACAAGCUCGGGUGGUACCACACAAGCGCAUACAUCAUUGCGCCAUGUUUGAUACAGUUCACGGAUGGUGGAGAGCCGAGAAAAGUUGCGGGAUUGGCAUUCAUGGAUGCUGGCGAUCAACGGGCUUGGAGGACUAUGCGAUUUGACUACAGGGCAUGGAAGUCUCAGAUGGGGACUCGACUCCCGCGAAAUUGGCAGAGAAGCGCAGUAGAGCCAAGUUCGUAG